AUGGAAAAACACCAAGAUGUCGUUGAAACAACGUUCAGCCGGAGUCAUCUAUGGAAACCCGUACUUGGGGAUGUAGCUGCAGCAGCCAUAUCAGCGACACUGAUUACACCACUCAUUACAGUUAUUGACCAAUCAAUGGUUGAGAAGGUCUCUUUCAAUAGACCAUUAUCCCAAGGCAUGAAGAGUAACAGUUUGGAUGCGCUCAAGCACCCAGGUCGCUUCAUUUUUGGUCGCCCAUUCGGUUACGUCUGGGUUCUGUAUGCAGCUACCUACGCUGUAUCAAACUCUUCAGACACACUUGCUCAUGAGUUUCACAAAGCGGCGGUAGGGACAAUCACCUUUGUCAACACAAUGGUCGUCAAUGUUCCGCUUGGUGUUCUCAAGGAUGUUCGCUUUGCUCAAAUGUUCAGCGCUUCCCCUACUCUUACUCCCAAGGUUGCACCUGUCGCAAAGCUAGGUGUACCAAAAGCUGCCACAGCUACCUUUCUGAUGAGAGAUGCCAUCACGAUCUUUGGGUCUUUCACCAUGGCUCCAUGGCUUUCAUCACUUAUACCAGACAGCCUGUCCUCCAGCCCUCACUCCAAGGCUGUCAUCUCCCAGUUGACAGUGCCCAUCUUUUCACAGUUCUUUGCUACCCCAGUACACUUACUGGGCUUGGAUCUUUACUCCAGGCCGCGGGGUAUACCGUGGAUUGAACGCUCGGCACAGAUCAGAAGAGACUUAUUUUCUGCAACCAUUCUGCGAUCACUUAGGAUCAUACCUGCGUUUGGAGUUGGGUGUGUCGCUAAUAUGGAGGCUCGGACACGAUUCCAUAAGGCUUUCGGGGCAUCCUAA